AUGAAGAAAGACUUGGCUGAGGAGUACAUAGAGCUCAUAAAAAUAGCAAAAGAAAAGAAAAAAGAGAACGAGCUGCUGUAUCCCAUAUACAAGCACAGCAACACUCUGCUAAAGAGCAUAAAGAACACAAGAGAGCUAAGACUGGAUGCCUAUUUAGCUGAUGAGAUCAUAGGAGAAGAAAGCAAGAGAAUAUUCCUGCAGUGUAGCAAUAACAUAACAGUCAGCAGCUACAUAGACCUAGUCAGCACAAACCUGUCAGCACACAAGGCCCUGGCCAACGCACAGUACAGAGGAGCACACUUUCCUCCCGUUCUCUCUCUCAGAGGACACAUAACAAAGGCAGUAAGAAAACCAAAAAAACAGAAAACAGAAAAAGAUCAAGAAAAAGCCAACAACGAUGAACAAGAGACACAGACAGAUGAAAUAGACGCGCCAAAGGAGAUAAAGAAGAUAUACAGGAUACUGAAGGAAAAAAAAGAAGUGGAGCUAUUUCGGCUGGUAAUUGACCCAAACUCAUUUGGUAAAACCAUAGAGAACAUUCUUACGCUUUCGUUCACAGUGAAGGUAGGAAGGGCAUUUAUUACAGAAAAAGAGGGAGUGCUAUACGCUACACUGGAGAGAGUGGAAGAGCCAAUAGACACGCACUGUAUCAUAAGUGUAACAGAAGAAGAUGUAAAAAGAAUAGCACACGAGAUGGAUAUCAGAGAUACCAUGCUGUAA